AUGGCCUCAUCUCUACUCCCCCACCCAAGCAUAGAACCAAACGCAACCGGUAACGACAACGAAAACGAAACCGUCCUGCCUCUCAGCGACGAUUCUCUUUUCUAUAUAUGCUGGGGCCGACAGGCGUGCGGGGCGUGUCUGAAAGGUGAUGCCCCUUGUAGCUGGUGCGCAGUGACAUCAACAUGCGUCCCGAACCGAUCGCGGGUGCCUAUAUUAGCGCCUCUCGACUCGUCGAGUAUCUGUCCGCUCGGUUCAGAAGAGAGAUGGGAGCUGCGGGCCUUGCCGUUCGGGUGCCAUGUUAGCACGAUUACUUUUUUGACGGCUUGCGUGGCGGUGCUGGGGACGUUGGCGCUUGUUGGAUUGGUGGCUUUGCUUGGAAGGCUCUGGGAGUGUGGGAAGGGAGCUCGGGGGUGUGGAUGGGGUCGGUUUACGGGGUGUGUUCAACAGAGGCUACGGCGUUGGUGGAUUCGUCUUGGGAAGUCUGGGAUUGGAGACGCAGAAGAGGAUGAUUACGAACGUCACCGGGCUGAGGCGGAGCCUUUACUGCGUUGA